GCGGCUCCGGGAUGUCCGAAGCCAGGCGCGUCUGUUGCCAUGGAGCCAAACGCCUUCGGUUCAGGCGAAGAGAGCAAACAAGAAGAGACUGAAGGAAGGCGGCAAGGGGAGCCUCCGAACUGGCCAAGGGGCCCUCCAGAAGAGAUGCAGCACAGCAGGAGGAGGGCGAGGGCUGCCUCUUCCCCUCUUCUCGCCUUCAGUUCCUAAUGGAAACCAUGGAAAAGUUUGAGGAGGAGCAGCAGGUGGACGGCGGUGGGGACUUCCAAGCCCUGCCUGCGCUUUCCGAGGAGGAGGAGAAUGUGUCUCUGGCCGAUGUUUUGUCACUGCAGGAUAGUUGUCUUACUGAGGAAGAAAUCUGGGCUAUUUGCCUCGAGUGCAGCAAGUCUCUGAAGAGCAUUUCCCACGUUCCAAUAUUCCAGACACUUUGCAUUACUCCUGACACCCUGGCUUUUAACACCAAUGGCAAUGUAUGCUUCAUGGAAGAUAUCAGUGAUGAUCCAGAAGGUGCCUUCACGUCACCAGAGAUCGAUGUAACUGGUAACACUUUUGCGACACACAUCUUUUCUUUGGGAGCCACACUAGAAGCUGUAGUUGAGUACAUGAUGGAGCCUGAAAUAUAUUCAGAAUGUAGCCAGGAUCUACAUAUGCUGCUUGAAAAAAUGCAGGAAGAAAAUCCCAAAGAUAGACCAGAAAUUGAGGAUGUCAUAUCUUUGUGUGAAGAGAAACUGAAGCUCUCAUCUUCCAGCGAUAUUUGCCAGUGUCUUUCUGCUAUUGGAAGAACAGUACUUUCAAUGGAAUCAUGUGGUGCCUUUCAAGGCAGUUGCGAUAACUUGUGGAAAAGACGAGACAAUCAGAAGAUUUCACCUUAUGAACAGUGUGCAGAUGACAACUUAAGAGAAAAUUCAUCUCCAGAUGUUGAAGCUGAUAGUGGUAGAAAUUCCUCUGCUGUGUGUAUAGCAAAUGAUCACAGUGAAGAUAUGAAAGAAGUUAAAAACAACCUAGUGAAUGAAGGCUUUUGCUAUCAGCCAGUUUCAUCUCAGGCUGCAAAAUGUAAAGAAGAGGAGAAAAGUACAGAAUACAACAAAUUGGAAACAAACCCUUAUACAUGUGAAUUGGGGACAGAUGUGCUUAAAACAAACUGCUUGCGGAAGGCGAAAACUUUUCCAAUGCUGCCAUUUGAAUCUGAGGUGGAACCAAGAACUUUCUUCCCUAUUAAAAUACAAAAUGGACCAUUAACAAGGAAAUACAAUCAAUUACAAUCCAAAUCAAUAUCUUUAAUAAGUAAUAAUCAAGAUGCUUUAGAAAGAGGGCUAGAUGGUGACCAUAGAAAUAGUCAACUUGGCUCAAACACAGCUUAUUUCCAGGAGGCAAAUAGUGAUUUAGAGAAAUUGUACCUGAACCCAAAGAUACCUUGCCUUUAUCAAUACCAUGUGACAUCUUGCGAUGACAAUAAAGUAGAUUUUCAGCCACGUAAUCAUUGUGUUUCUGAAACCCAAGACAACUGUGGUAAAUGUAAUGGUUCAGACGGAUCACAUUCUAGCUACCAAAUAUUAAGAAGCUAUGAACCAUGGCAAUAUUGUGAAAAUUCUCCAUGUUCAAAUGAAAAGACUAUGUUAGGUGUUGGCACUCUGUCUACAGUGUUUACAGGACUUAACAAAAAUAGAUGUAGCUCAAACUUGCUGAAUUCUCCAACCGCAAAACUCACAGAGGGAAAAGACAGUUAUAUUGAAGACUUGCAUUAUAUUGAAGAUUCACUGCAGUGCAGUGAAGGUAGGAAGUCUGACAUGAAAAAUAAAGAACAGUGCAUUUUUCUUAAAGAACUCUUAACGCAAUAUGGUGAACCCUUGAAAGACUAUGAACUGUGGGCUUUAUGCCACGAAUGCUUGCUUACUCUGGAAACAUACACUGAUUAUCCAGAAUAUUUGUGUUUAGACUCUGUUAUGAUCAACAGUGAUGGAAGCAUUCUUUUUGUUCCACCUAAAAGUGAAGAUUCAUAUGAUAUGUUUUAUCUGGCUCCUGAGAUAUCAGAAGAGGAUUUUGUUCCUGAAAAGGUCUGUAUUUACUGUAUUGCUGCAAUUUUGUGGAGAGCAGCAAAAUGUAAUUUUCCAGCUGAUCGCAAACUGGUGUUGCCAAGGAAACUAAAGAAUUUUCUUCUGGAGAUGGCAAGAAGAAAUUCAGAAGACAGGCCUUCUCUGGCAGAUGCAAUUAAGACAUGUGACAGCUAUCUGCUUGAAGAAAGUAUAAAUAGCAAGAAGGUUCUGGCCUUUUUAACCAAAUAUGCCUUUCAGGAUUUCAAAGAAGUGUAUUCUUUUAAUGAUUCUGAAAAUGAGAGACAUUCAAUGGACGAUAAUUUGGGAUUUUUACCUAUGAGCAAUGAAAGUAAACUGAAAGCAGUAAAAGGACCAGUCCCCUGCCAGCUGCCUUUAAAUAGAGAAAACACUGCAUUGCCAUAUGCUUUCACUUCUUCAGCAACACACUUUAAGCCAAUUAUCCUGCAUCAAAAUGUGGAUAGUAAAAAAAAUACCACUGCAUCUGUGAUGGUACAGCAUGAAACAAUUGUGGAGGGAGUGGUACCUGUGAAUGAGAAAAAUUCACAACCUCUGAGGAUGCUUGCCAUAGAUGCAGGCGAAACGUCAGGAGAGAAUGCUUCUAGAAAAUGGCCAUAUAGCCCGAAAAACCUACAACAACCCAAUGAGAAAAAUUCAUUGGAUUUAAAUAUUAACACUGAAAAUCAAAAAGUUGAAGGCACUGAUUUGCCAAUUACUUCUAUGACAUCUGAUAUUCUUCAGCAUGAUAUGCAAAAACAUUUAAACACUAGCUCAUGCAUGGAUAGCUUGCCAUUGCUCUCUAAAUCUUCAUGUGUCUCUCAAGAGAUAUGCAUUUCACAAUCACCUUCUUCAAGCAUUUCAAGUUGUACUGUGUCAUCUAGUUUGACUUUUAUAAAUAACUUUCUUUUAAAGCAAGACCCAGAGACAAGGGUUUUAACACUCGUACCGGUACAGAUCGCUGUUUCAGAGCAAAUACCAAACCAACCCCUCCAUUCACGGACAGCUUACAGUUGUUCUAGUUUACAUGUCCUCCUUUCAGAUUCGAUUGUGAGCUAUGCUGCUGAUAAGGCCCUGCAGCAGAAAUCGUCUCUGAACCAUCUGAGAAAUUGCAAGCCUACGAAUGUACAAAAUGAAUUUUGGGACAUGAAAGCCCAGAUUAACAGUUUGCCCCCAGCAACCAUUAAUAAAGAGACUCAGAUGAAGUGUUUUGAAAAGGCUGCAUUGCACAUGAUUAACACUGAGCCUGGUACAGCUGCAGAGAGCAAUGGCUCCUUAUCAGAUCACACAUCACAUAUCUACAUGGAUCAGAAAACAACUUCUCCAGUCAUGGGUGGAACCUCGUAUCCAAAUAAUGGGAUAAACGAACCUAUCUUGAAGAACAUUGUACAUCUCAUCCAAGAAGAGCUUCCGUUUAAUACAUCCUGGGAGAAUACGAAUGAAAUUGUGGCUAUAGGUAAAUAUAUUAUUGGUAUAAAGGAUCUGCAAUAUAACACCUUUUGUACUGCAGUCUCUGAAAAAUUUUGUGAGUUUAAUUGGAAAGAAAAAUUACUAGCAAACCUUUAUGAUGCAGCAAAUGAUAGACCUUCUCUGUCUAUAAAAAUGGAUGAAACAAAACGUCAUGGUGAUAUAUUUCAAGGCCAAAAAACCUCUAAGAGCUUUCUGAAUACCAGUGAAGAAACAAAUGUUUCUGUUUCCGAUGACUUUCCACAAGAUAAUGCUGAAAAAGAAGUCAGAACAGAAAUGGAGGAAGAAUGUUUGCAGACCAAUACAACCUACUUCAGUCCAGAUUUUCCAGAAGAGGUUCAAAGCCAAGAAGAACUUUUCAUACUCAAAGAGGAAGAUAUUUACACUGGUUCACCCUGCUUGUCUGAACUCAAUGGGUUUUGUCCUGGUUGGAGAAGCGCAUUCUAUGGAUCAGAAUGUUUUAGUUUGGAAGUUCAUGACUACAUUAGAAAACUUGGAAAGCGGAGGGACAGUGGAACUCAAAAUAUAGGUGCUAAGAUAGUGGAACUUGAGCAGCAGAUAAUGAUUGAAACAAAAAAUUAUAGUAAGAGUAGAAGAUUUUACUACAGGCUGCUACAUAAAGAUUGGAGGAGGAGAGGUGUUGAAGUGAAAACUAUGUUGCCUAAACUGAGGAGGCAAUUAGAAGAAACAAGAUCAAGGGCCCAUUUUCUUGAACUGGCAAAGAAGUAUCUACAGAUAAUAAAUACAGAAAAAUGGGGAAUUGAACCAUGCAAUCUUCUUAAAGUGGUUAACAUGGCAAGAAAUGAAACACUGGGUAUCAGCUCAUUGGACAGUAUGCUCCUUUUCUAUAAUAUUAAUAAAAAUCAGUAUAAUAAAUCCCAAUAUAACAACAGUCAGCCAAGAAAUCUACAAGCUGGAACACCACUUGGGCUAAUGGCAUAUCUCUACUCCAGAAAUGCAUUUUUAGAAGGCUAUGUUCAACAGUUCCUCUUCACCUUUCGGUAUUUCUGCUCACAAGAAGAACUUUUACAAUUUCUUCUUGAUAGAAUCAGUUUAACUUUACCCAGUUCAAGCCCGGAAAACUGUCCAUUGCUUAGCAAAAUACACUUCCGCAGUUUCUCCAUUCUGCAGAUGUGGAUUGAAGACUGUUAUGCGGUAGACUUUACAGUAAACCCUGACUUUAUGCGUACUCUAAAAGACUUCCUCAUUUCCAAGGUAGUUCCACUCAGUGGCUAUAGCAAAUGGCUCUUAUCGUGGCUUGACCUCAUUACUACCAGGAAGGAAAAGAGUGUUUCUCUGUGCUUUCAAAUGGAAAACUGGAGAGAAAUGGAGACACCCGAUGAAGCACAAUCUCUACGCUCUUCUUGCAGGAGGCUCUCAAAAAAUAUUUUACGAAAGAGCUUUAACUGGAAACCCUCAAAACGAAAUGAAGCUAUUGCGCCUUACCAAAAAGAUAAACAACCAAUGAUUGCACCCUCUUUACCAAAACAAUGCUUUACAAAUAUAACAGAAGGUUUCCAUGGGGAAGAAUAUUUCUUAAGAGAAUACACUGCACAACAACUUUGUUGUCAGCUGACGCUGUUGGAGCAGGAAAUGUUCCAUAAAUGUCACCCAGUGCACUUUCUGAAUUCAAGAUACCUUGGAGUAAAAGACAAAAGUGUACCUCUCCAAAAAGUUACUUCUGCUGAACUCCUGCCUACUCAAAUCUAUAAUCUUUUUGUCGAAAACUGUGUCCAAGAUGAUUACCUCUUGCAGCUUUUGAAAUAUGCAGACAAUGUCAGUACCUGGGUUGCAGCUGAAAUUGUAACAAGCUACAGUUCUAAGACACAGGUGAACCUUCUAACAAAAUUUCUCUCCAUUGCAAAGUGUUGCUAUGAGCAAAGAAAUUUUUCUACUACAAUACAAAUCCUAAAUGGCCUGGAACAUCUUGUUGUGAGACAGUUGCCAGUUUGGAAAAGUUUGCCUUCUAAGGUAUUGGGGAUAAUGGAAGAACUAAAAGCUGUUGAGGUGUUUCUAAAAAGUGACAGCUUAUGUUUAAUGGAAGGAGAGAGGUUUAAAACUUUGCCAACAAUCCCAUCGGCCCAUGUUCUGGCAAUGCACAUUCAACAGCUUGAAACAGGAGGAUUUACCAUGAAAAAUGGCACCUUUAAAUGGACUAAACUUAGAACCAUUGCAAAAGUUGUGAGCCAGAUUCAUGCAUUUCAAGAAAAUCCCUACAUGUUUCCUCCAGAUCACCAACUGCAGUCUUUCUUGAGACACAGAAUAGCCUCUUUCAAUGAUGCAGACAUCUCUGCCUUAGCAGCUGUCAACUCUGCCAACUUUCACCAGAUGCCGGCUGAAAAGCAAUCUCGAAAAAUCCAGGACACCUUGCACAGGAUGAAGACAAUGUUUCAGUGAUUGUUUAAACCCUGUCUCUCUGUAACAGUGCAGGCUUAAAGUAACUUACAUUUCCAGGCUGGUGACCAGAUGGUACCACAUGUGUAAUUAGCUUUCCAAUCCUACACAGCUUUGCUUUGAAACAAGUUCAAGAGUGUUUAAUGGAGCUUGCUCCCAGGCAAAUGUGUAUCGAAUUGCAGCCUUACAAGUGUAACCUCCAUUUGAACUCAAUAUUGACAACGUGUUCUACAUGAAUCAAUGUGUUUUGAAAAAUCAAAGCUCUGAGCGAAAGGGGCUGGAUCACUGCUGUAUUGUUUCCUUGUUUAACACUUCAUAGAUCUCAAAUUGACUUGUCUGAUUCAAAUGCAAUGUAAAGAAAUGUAAUAUUUCUUGUAGAUACGUAUUUUUUCUUUUUGAGAAUAGUGGAUAUUGCAAAGCACGUGGCGAGCCGGGAAGUGAGAUUUUGAACUGUGAAGCUGAGAUACUCAAGGUGAGGAGGCAAAAGACUAUCUUUACAUGUCUUACCGGCCUGCAAUCAUCUUGUCUGCUUUCAAAGAACAAGGAGAAGCCAUAUUUGAAUUGAACCUCUUGUGUAUAAUUUCCUGGAGAGGGUUCUUUUUUCAAGAUUGUGCCAAAUGUAUAUUUACCACCACCCUCCCCACCCCCACUCACUCACAAAAAUGGGUAUGCCAUUAAAAGAGCUUGGCCAGUAUUCUAUAUGUAUUCUAGGCAUGGAUAGAGUCACUCGGAUAACUCGUUGCUCAUAAUAAUUUCAUUAAAAUUGCCUUUUUGAAGCAAUAUCAAAGCUUUUUAAAAAAUCGGAAGUCCCUUUGCCCUUCUGAAGCUUUUUCUGCCAUUUUUGUUACGACUCAGGAAGUUGGUCAGAAAUGAUUCAGCUUUUCCCUGCUUCUGGCUCCUGGCCUCGGAUCGAGCCAGAGAAGCCAGUUUUAAACCAGAGAAGAAAGGAAUUUCCUGACCUCAGCUCAAGCCAGAGAAACCCAUUUUAAAGCCAGAGAAGCCAUUUUUAAACCAGAGAAGAAAGGAAUUUCCUGGCCUGAGCUCAAGCCAGAGAAGCCCAUUUUAAAGCCAGAGAAGCCAGUUUUAAACUAGAGAAGGAAGGAAUUUUACUGGCCUUGGCUCAAGCUAGAGAAGCCAGUUUUAAACCAGAGAAGGAAGGAAUUUCCUCCGCUUGCUUUUCCCUUCUUCUGGAGUAAAACCACUAUUUUCAAAGUAAAGACCACCCAAUGAAACAGGAAAUAACACUUUCAAACCAUUAACAAAAAGAUUUAGAAGUCUCCGAAGUUUUGAAAAGUUUUGUAAUUUUUUUCUGUGAAAUUCGUAAUUGACUUUAGAAUCGAACCACCAGUACCACCUAAAUCCGAAAUGAGUUUUGAAGCAUAAUAUGUUUUGAAACAUAAUCCAUAUUCAUGAUUCCUACUUAGACACAGUUGUGACAAUAUUAGCACAAUCAUAACUUCCUCCUCUCAACUAUUUUAGCAAGCAUCAGUUGCAGGGGGAAACAGAGGUCCAUUUGGAUAGCAAUCAGAACAGAGCUUUAGAAACUGUGUCUCGUGACACAAUUCUUGUGUCGACUGCAGCUUGUAGCACAAAUGUAAAGAUAAACCUCUGAGUCUAUGUAAAAUAAGCAAUAAAUCAUAUAUUUUUAAAAA